AAAUAUAUCCUUUUAACAGUACUAUAGACUUAAUUGAUUUGUGUAUCGAAUUGAUGGCUAAAGAACGGUCGAUGGAGGCAACCCCUACUUGGGCGAUUGCUGUGGUUUGCUUCAUCUUGCUCGCUAUUUCCAUUUUUAUUGAACAAAUUAUUCAUCACAUUGGAGAGUGGUUACUGGAAAAGCGGAAAAAGCCUCUAUAUGAAGCACUUGAAAAGAUCAAAGCUGAACUUAUGCUGUUGGGAUUCUUAUCACUGUUGCUGACAGUGUUGCAAGAACCAGUUUCUAACUUAUGCGUCCCCAAGAGUAUUGGUUAUUCAUGGCAUCCUUGUAAGCCAAAGGGAGACGCCCAGUCUGAAUAUGAGGUUACUUCAUGUGACAAAAAGGGAAAAGUCCAAUUUGCAUCUUCAUAUGCAAUACACCAGCUCCAUAUCUUCAUCUUUGUGUUGGCAGUUGCUCAUGUAUUGUACUGUAUAGCAACUUUUGCUUUGGGCAGACUAAAGAUGAGAAAAUGGAGGGCAUGGGAGGAUGAAACAAAAACAAUUGAGUACCAAUUCUACAACGACCCUGAGAGAUUCAGAUUUGCAAGGGAGACCUCGUUUGGACGUAGGCAUAUGCAUUUCUGGAGCAAGUCGCCCGUCUUGCUCUGGAUAGUUUGUUUCUUCAGGCAAUUCUUCUCAUCAGUAGCAAAAGUUGACUAUUUAACCCUUAGACAUGGGUUCAUGAUGGCACAUUUAACUCCACAAAAUCAAAAUAAUUUUGAUUUUCAAAUAUACAUUAACAGAGCAGUUGACAAAGACUUCAAAGUUGUUGUUGGAAUAAGUCCUGCAUUAUGGCUCUUCACGGUGCUAUAUUUUCUGACUACUACCGAUGGAUUGUACUCGUAUCUUUGGGUGCCAUUUGUCCCACUUGUAAUUAUAUUGCUGGUUGGCACAAAACUUCAAAUGAUCAUAACAGAAAUGGGAGUAAGGAUUUCAGAAAGGGGAGACAUAGUAAAAGGUGUACCAGUGGUGGAGACUGGAGACCAUCUUUUCUGGUUUAAUCGCCCUGGCCUUGUGUUAUUCUUGAUUAACUUUGUGCUCUUUCAGAAUGCGUUUCAAGUUGCUUUCUUUGUUUGGAGUUGGUGGAAAUUUGGAUUUCCAUCUUGCUUUCAUCGGAAUGCUGCAGACCUAGCCAUAAGGCUAACCAUGGGGGUGAUCAUACAGGUCCAUUGCAGCUAUGUGACUCUCCCUCUUUAUGCCUUAGUUACCCAGAUGGGUUCAUCAAUGAAGCCUAUCAUCUUUGGUGAUAAUGUGGCAACAGCUCUUAGAAGCUGGCACCAUACAGCGAAAAAGCGGGUGAAACAUGGGCUAUCAGGACACACCACCCCUGCCAACAGCAGACCAACCACACCAUUGCAUGGUACCUCCCCUGUUCACUUAUUACGCGGUUAUCCACAAUAUAAUGAGGAUAGUGUUCAAGCAUCUCCACGGACAUCCAACGUCGAAAAUGAAGGGUGGGCUAAUGAAAUAUCCAAUGACAAUCAGGAGGGAGAGAUCCUGCAGCAUGCCUCCACUGAUCAUAACAAGCAAAUUGAGAUUACAAUGUCAGAUUUCACUUUUGGAAACAAAUAAAUGAUCAAUGUAUAUGUAAAAACUAAUCUCCUCUUCAUUGUUUAAGUUCAUUACUG